AUGUUUGUCGUUAGUCCUUUGGACACCUUUCAGGGUCAAAAGAAAUCUGCAAUUAGAGCAUUGGGUUUUUCAAUUUCCACAUUAACUUUGUCUUUUUUAAAAAAGAACUUUGGUGAAAACCUUUCAUGUUGCAGAGAGGACAUGAAAUCAUUGGAUGAAAGAUUAAAAACAGCUAUGAGGAACUAUGGAAAUUUAAGCCAUUCACAUUGUCGCCCUUAUCGUUUGAACGAAUUCAUAUCGCGUCACUGA